AUGCCUGCGUGGAGAUUGCUAUCACAAAGUGUGCAUGGAGGUCAUGUCUGCCUAGGUGCAGGUGUCGAGUUCUCCGCACCCACCAGAGAUGCGAAGCUUUCUCGGUUUAUGCCAGGGCGGCAUUUCGAACCUGUCGGUGAUCCGCAGUGCCCAAAGCUGCCACAGCCAUGGAUCGGUAGGAGCCCAACUUGGGGGCAGCAGAUUGCUUCUGACAGGGUCUUUGCCAUCUCAUCCGUUUCGGCAGCAUGCGAUAGCGUCCUCGACGCUCUGCCUUCGUCUGACCAGGCCUGUGUGGAGCUGAGCCCCUUUGGGCUGCGGCAGCUUGAGAUAGCUUUCAAUAGCCUUCUUGAAGCUGUGCGCCUUCUUCCAGUCACAGUAUGCACCCAUCAUGCUGCAGUGGCAGAUGCACAAAAGCCACGGUUGCAUAGGAGUGGCCAUGUGCGGCCUCAGAGCACUGCCAGCACCUCUGCCUGA